AUGUCUGACGAAAAGAAACAGAACCCAUUUGAGGCCAUGGGGCCGGCCUCAGAGGAAGCAGAUAUGCCGCCAGCAUAUACAGCUCCAGGACCCUCAACUCAACAAGAACAAGAACAAGAACGAGAAUAUGUACCGUCAACCCCAGUCACUACAACUCCCCAACCAAGCAUAGGGUCAGCAUCAACAAAAAGACCAAUCGCAAUCCCCGCCAUAACCUCCUCCUUUGACUCCCCCUUCAUCCGCGCCUACGCACCAAUCCUCAAGUCCUACAACCUCCCCAAGGAUUCCUUCCUCACGUUCCUCGACCAACUGAACAAAGAUAUCUCAAGCAGUCCACCCCUGCAAGUCCUAGACGCAACAGGCGGGAUCCUAAACUCCGUCCCGAUCCUAUUUCCCCUGCACUGGAUCGGGUCCGCAGUCAGCGGUCUCGCCAAUCUGGGUAGCCAAGGCGUUUCAAAGAGCCGGACAGAUUCAUCUAUCAAGACUGCCAAUAGAGAUAUCUUCGGUCCGCGAGGAUUGAAGAUUGAAAUUGCCAAGUUGGAUGCUUUGGCCCAUCUUGCUGGUAUCCCUAUCCUGGAUUCACAGGGCAAGAUUAAUCGUGAGGCGCCGCUUUUGCUGCAGCUUCAGAAUGUGGCUGGUGCGAAUAGCCCAGGCGAUGAUGGGUCUCUGCAACAACAGCAGGAGGUGGAUGUUAGCCAGCGACGUAUCCAGACAUUGGGUCCUUGGAUUGCCGAGCUGGAGUUUGAUAUCUUGCCUUGGUCUUCAAAGUCUCGGUUGACGAGGUUUAAUGCUGCAUUGAAGAAAAGGAAUGAUGCCAAGGAUCCAGAGGAAGAUCUUGGGCGCAGGCGGAGGCAUGCGAGGCAUCAGUGUUCGACAGAGAAGGAGACUGAAGAUGAGGUGCCUUUUCGGAAGGGGCUGUGGCUUGUUAUUCGGGAGGUCUAG